UAUUUAUUCAGUGAGUAGGCAGCGACAUCAGAGAACUGGCUUCUUCUGGUUUUACGGCACACAUAAAUACAAAGCGGAGUCUGAGACAAGAGGAAAACACAAAGAGAGGCGUACAGACGCUUUAUGCUGAAGACGACCGCAGUGAGGUCCCCUAACAGAAGAGCUUUGGCGGAAUGCAAAGUUGUGAAAUAUCUUCAGACAGCACUGAUGACCCCCUUUGUAGCGGCCCACGCGGACUUCGGCAGCCUCGAAUAGUAGUCGUCGGCGCGGGCUUGGCCGGCCUCGCUGCGGCGAAGACCCUCCUGGAGAACGGCUUCGCGGAUGUGACUGUCCUCGAGGCGUCGGAUCGAGUCGGAGGCAGAGUGCAAAGCGUUCAGCACGGACAAACCACUUUGGAACUCGGAGCCACCUGGAUCCACGGUGCCCAUGGCAACCCGGUCUUCCACUUGGCGGAGGACAAUGGCCUUCUGGAGCACACCACAGACGGGGAGAGGAGCGUGGGCCGCAUCAGCCUGUACACCAAGAAUGGUGUGGCCCACUACCAGACUAACAACGGAAAGAGGAUCCCCAAGGACCUGGUGGAGGAGUUCAGCGACCUGUACAACGAGGUAUAUGACCUGACUCAGGAGUUCUUCCAGAACGGGAAGCCGGUGGGAGCCGAGAGCCAGAACAGCGUGGGGAUCUUCACCCGUGAUGUCGUCCGCAAGAAGAUCAUGCUGGACCCGGACGACUCGGAGAACACCAAGAGGCUCAAGCUGUCCAUGCUGCAGCAGUACCUCAAGGUGGAGAGCUGCGAGAGCAGCUCGCCCAACAUGGACGAGGUGUCGCUCAGCGAGUUCGGGGAGUGGACGGAAAUCCCGGGCGCCCACCACGUCAUCCCCGGCGGCUUCAUCCAGGUGGUGGAGCUGCUGGCCGAGGCCGUGCCCGCCCGGGUGGUGCGGCUCAACCGGCCCGUCCGCCGCGUCCACUGGAACCACUCGCGGCAGGAGGAGAUCGCCGACCACAACGGCGACCGCCGGGCCGCCCCGCUGGGCCACCCCAUCCAGCUGGAGUGCGAGGACCGCGAGUUCAUCCCCGCCGACCACGUCAUCGUCACCGCCUCCCUGGGCGUGCUGAAGAAGAGCCACGAGAGCCUGUUCUCCCCGGGGCUGCCCGAGGACAAGGUGCAGUCCAUCCAGAAGCUGGGCAUCAGCACCACCGACAAGAUCUUCCUGGAGUUCGCCGAGCCCUUCUGGAGCCCCGAGUGCAACAGCAUCCAGUUCGUCUGGGAGGACGAGGCGCAGCUGGAGCAGCCGGCCUACCCGGAGGAGCUGUGGUACCGCAAGAUCUGCAGCUUCGACGUGCUGUACCCGCCCGAGCGCUACGGCUACAUGCUGUGCGGCUGGAUCUGCGGCGACGAGGCCCUGCUCAUGGAGCGCUGCGACGACGAGACGGUGGCCGAGACCUGCACCGAUCUGCUGCGCAAGUUCACAGGGAACCCCGACAUUCCGAAACCUCGCAGGAUCCUGCGCUCGUCCUGGGGCAGCAACCCCUACAUCCGCGGCUCGUACUCCUUCACCCGCGUGGGGUCCAGCGGGGGCGACGUGGAGCGGCUCGGCAUGCCCCUCCCUUACGCCGAGAGCACCAAGGCGCCGCCUCUACAGGUGCUGUUUGCUGGGGAAGCCACCCACAGAAAAUAUUAUUCCACUACCCAUGGUGCUUUGCUGUCAGGCCAGAGGGAGGCCACUCGCCUGAUAGACAUGUACCAGGACUUGUACAAUGCAGAUGCCACAAAGCCUAACGUGUAAAAUGAACCACUGACUAGUGAAUAAAACUCUGUGUUUUCUUGCUUUUUGUUUUUAAUAUAUUACAGUAGAGGGCAUUACAUUAUAAAAAUAAUAAUAAUAAUAAUAAUAAUAAUGAUAAUAAUGAAGCUGAAUUUUUACUGUAUUUAGACCUAGAGCUCUGUAGAUUUUCCUUUGAUUGAGAUGUACUGUAUGGGGUGACAGAGAGAGUACUGUCAUCUGGUUCUUAUACUGUUUUUUUAAAUUGAUAAAUAUGUUCAUAACACUUCUAUAAUUUAACUUGUUUUGUAAGUGCCUUCUGUAUGUAAUGUUAUGUUAUUGACGAAAGAACAUGAAAAAUAAAUAAAUUGAAUAUUAAUGUUU